CAGCCAGAUCCAUCGCUGCAGUGGUGCAGCCUUCAGAGCGAUGGAAAUGCAGGAACCUCACCACGUCCAGAUGUCCCUUGGCAGCGGCCGCAUCCAUCGCGUAGCUGGUGCAGCCCUCAGAUCGAUGAAAAUGCAGGAAUUGGACCACAUCCAGGUGCCCGUUGGCCGCCGCCAUGUUCAUUGCGAAGGUGGAGCACGAGGCGAUCCCGCUCCGAUGCAGAGCUCGCACUAUGAAUAGGAAUCCGUUCUGUGCCGCGGCAUUGAGUGCUCGGAAGCUGCAGCGGACAGGACUGGAGCGACGCGAAUGCAGCAGAAGCUCAACAAUCUCUAGGUGGCCAGCAGCCGACGCCGAGUCGAGAUCCCAAGCAAACGAAGCCACGAGCGCUACGAGAUCGAUAGAGAGCCCGCGUGCGAUCAAGCUGAGCUCCAUUGACGUGUUGCUUGUUGAGUAUCUUGCCGAGUGAUGCGGUUGGAUCUCCUCGUCGCAUGCGGACCACGUUGAAGAAGAUCCGGUGCGAAGGGGCCUUCGAUGUUUUUCACCGGUUCCCGACACCGGUUUAUAGCGAGAGGAGCUCUUCCCAAGCCAUUCGCUAGCUGCCGUGCGUUUGAACGAUGCUUGGGUUCGGUACAGGCUGGAAUGAAAUCUGUGUUGGCGUCAAGCGCUAGAUCGGCGCAACACCACCUCCAGCUCUACGUGCUUCACUGGAAAGCGCACAACUACAAUGAUGACGAGCGAUGGGCGUUCUCGCUAAUCGAACCCAGUUCUGGCUCAAGGUGGGUGGGUAUAUGUAGUUCCAGCGUCGCUGCUUACAUCGAUCCAAGAGCUAAGAGCUCCUAUGAAGGCCAACCAACGAUCACGGCAGACCGCCCUAAUGCGCUCUAUCAUGUCGUGCGACAAAAGGUUUCUACUGCACUGGCGCUUGCUGCGACAGCGAGGAAGAUGGCUGCGGGGCCACGAGAAGCGAGCAUGCGGUCGGCACAUGGAGCCCUGGCAGCAUCGCCGUCAUGUGGCAGCUUGCAGAUCAGCCUCAUGAAGGGCAUAUUUUAUGCUCGCUAUAAGGUUAUUGGUGUCGUCCACAUAUUCCGCCCAGGCUUUACUUCGCACACGUCACGUUCACCUUGCCCUUGUCCCACGGGUCGUCUCUAUGAGCAUCGAAUCACCUCUAUUUUCUAAUUGAUAUCUGGGCAGUUUCACACUGAUUUAUUAUAUGGAAAACCCUUUUUCCAAAAACUCACCCAUCCCUUUGAGACUAAAUAAACCG